AUGGCUGGGCCGACCUUCGACAUUUCGAAGGAAGCCGCAAGGCGGGAGUUUGCUUCGAAAGAGGUCGCUCCAUGUCGCACCGUGCUGGCCUAUGUAACCACCGUGCUGGAGGUGAUGGCUUGGCUUGCGAUUCCCAUCGUUGCCUCCGUCUCCACGGCUUACCUCCUCCUUAUCGCCAUCGGGCUGCUGCUCUUGGUGGCGACGGUCCAAGAAGGACUGGCUGCCGCUCUGAAGGACCCAAUCCUCCUCUUCUUCAGGCGUGGUGCCACUCCUUCCUGCAGCUUCCGGCUCUUCUCGCUUGGGCUGCGCCUGGUCGCGCCCAUCUGGUUGAUUGUCUUGAACCCCGGCCGCGACCGACUUCGUUUGGUGGCACACUUCCAUUCUUCAAGGGACCUUGGCCACCAUUGCUAUCAUCUCCCUGGGUGGCUGCAGGAAAGCUGCGAAGAGGGCAGGUUUCCUGCCUGGGCCUACACACAGUGCAUGGAGACGGUCGCUUGGUACGUAAGUGGCUGGUGCAACUACCUAGCGAGCACGACAGCCGCCGGUGGUCAGCUCGCAAACAGAAGCUCACCGGCUAGCAUCGUCAUCGACCUGCUCAUUGGCGCUUCCAUGCUUGCCUUGUUGAGCCUCUUCUGCCUCUAUGGCUUGGAGGCAUGCUGCAGUUCGGAUGCCAAUCCCAGGCCCACGGAAUCGAAGGACGAAACUGCGACGCCUGGCCUGAUGCAGAAGCUUCUUGUUGCCAAAGACAUCUUUCUGGUGGCUCUGGACUUCCUCCUGGAUUCGAGCUGCGUGGCGACCUUCUUCCUGGCAGGUCAUCGAUUCUUCGGUGCCGUGGCAUUGGCGAUCCUCCUCUGGUCCGCAGGGCAGCAGGCAGCCAACCACAGCCUGAAAGAGAUGUAUUCGGAAGCAGUUGAGAGCAUCAGUGCUGGCAUGCUCAGUGAUGGGUUUAUGAAGGUUACGAGAUCCGAGAAGUCUGUAGAAGCACCUCUGAGCUUGAUGCUCCAGGUGUAUGCAUAUCCUUAUGUCUCGAUUUCAAGCACGUAUGCUGUGGCCAGCUUUUCGCUCUCCAUCCUCAUGAGCAUCUACACCGUCUCCGGAGCAGCAUACAAGCUGUUGUAUCUUGACCUGCUUCCGGUCGUCGCAUCCGGGCAGAGGGAAGAGUCGUACGCGCCGAUGAAGCAUCCAAACGCUUAG